UUCAUACUCGAACGCGUAUAAUCCUCUCGACGUUCGAAAGUCGUAUAUUUGUCAAAUAAACGUAUGAGACAAGCUGAAUGGACGAUAGUUAAAUAAAGGCAAGUUGAAAGAGUGAUUUGCAUUCAAGGAGGAUCUCUUUCCUCCUCUUAGGGGGGGGGAACGAUGCCGUGCGCGAUUCAACAACUUUUCCCUUCUCAAUUUCAUCACUUUCAUGAAUCGAUGACUCGAUGCUGAUACCGGUUUACAUCGAUGAUAAUCCGUAGAUUUGAACGAGCAUUGCUUCCAUCCAUCGUUCGACGAACUCUUAGAAACUUAGAUACUUCUUAGAGUCGCGAGUUUUCACAUAUCUUUUACACAUCGAAUCGAUAUUUGAACAUUUCGAAUGUUUAAUAGUUAGAAUAGUUUUUUUUUUUCUUCCUUUCCAAAAUCAUUUCUCGUGAACCAACAGUUCCGACAGUCUGACUCGCUUUUCUCGCUUCUCGAACUCUCGAAAUUGGCCUGCUCGAGUGCAUCCAGUGUAUCGAGGGAUCCUCGAUCUCUCGUACGAAAUGAAAAGAACCAGGUACUUUCGCUGCUCGAGAAGAUUCACCGAGUGAAACCAAUUGUGUUCCGUUGCGUGUGAACGUCCUUUGCCGCCUAUAUAGGGAGCUGAUCGUGGGCGUUGGAUCAGUACAGUAUUGUUCCAGAUCCCGGUUACCACCAUUCUUCAUUCUCUCGUUCCAUGUAUCGCCUCCUUUCCCACCUUCCUUUGUUCUUAUUUUUCCUCUCUCUCUCUUCGACGAGAAAAAAUGAAGGAGAAUUCGUCGGAUGAGAGAAGAAUAUCGAUCCUCGAGUAAUUCUUCAUUCCUCCAGGAAUGGAGCGAUUGGCCUAAAUAGGGAAAACUUCGUCGUCGAGACUUUCUCUUCCUUUCUCUUCCUUUCGUCGUUCGAAGAAUGAAGAAGCACGGAUUGAGAAGAAGCUUGUGCCUUUUAAUCUACGUUUCAACCGGGAUCGCGUCGAUCGUCGAAUCGAUCGAGAAGGAAUCGGCGAACGGGGGAGAGAAUCGGGCGAGUUUCGAGGAGGGUUUCGGCUCGUGUCUUGCCGGGAGACGGUAUGCCACGUUGGAAUGCGUGAAUCGGGGCGCUUUGAUCGCUCUUCGAUCCAUCGAUCGAAGGGACGAUUUGGAUUUUGGCGGCGUGCACUUGGAGAGAGCGGACGGCCAGCAGAGAAGGGAGGAGGAGGAGGAGGUUUUGGAUUGGGAUUACGAUCCAAAGGAUUUUGGGAACGUAGUGAGGGCGGCUACCGAGCUGAUGGAACGGCGAAGCCUCAGAUGGAAUCUGGACAGCGUGUAUCCCGGUCUCGAAUUGAGAGCUGGGCCGACGUUGAACGGGAACGGGGUACUGGAGUUCGUCGUUAACGAGGAAUCCACGAUUUUCGGGGACAGGCAGCAAUCUUUGGGCCCAGGAAGGCAAAUGAUGAGACACCUGUUGAUACCGUUCCUGCUAGGUUUUAAGUUCAACCUGGCCUCCCUGAUCCCCCUCAUGUUCGGCUUUCUGCUGCUGCUCACCAAGAAGGCUCUGCUGUUGACGAAGGUGGCGCUCGUCAUCACCGGCCUGCUCGGCUGGAACUCCUUCUUCUCCGCCACCUAUCCACCAAGCGGGAUCCAUCACUCUUACGAGGGACACGGUAGCGCGUUUCCACCGCACUACGAGCAUUAUCACAAUUUCCACCACAGACCACCGUACAGGGGAUUCCAGGGCAACGACUUGCACGAGCCAACGUACUACGGCCAACACGUCAUCAGAGAGGUCGUCGACGUUUACGAUAACGCGGCGGAUCAGAGCAACGUUGACAAGAGCAAGGGCCGGAAGAAUUUCGUUUGGGUCAAGAGAAGGAGCACCGACGUCCGGGAAACACGGUUUGCUCGCAACAGUGUUCACGAUCCCGUGAACGUGCUGCCCUGCUCCUCCACACGUGGCCAGCAGGAGAGCAGCUUCGCUUAUGUAUCGCAAGGUAGGAGGAAACACGGGAAAUACUCUUAUAAAAGAGCGGCGAUCGGAACAAUUUCAAUUAGUCCGCGAUAUUUUUCGAGACCGCGCACAACUCGCCGCUCUAAAUAUUCUAGCAUAUCCUCGAUAUCAUCGUCUCGAGAGAAACGUCGUCGUCGUCUCGAAGGCGCGAUUAUGAGAUUUCGAAUUUGCCGCGAAUUUGCGUUGGCCGUUUGCCUGCUCGCCACUUGCCUGCUCGACCAGGCGCAGAGCAGGAACGAGUACGCGAGAUUGUUCGACAAAUGCGCGGCGGAGAGGAACGCGUUCGAUUGCUUGAAGAGGAGGGCGUUGGAGAUCCUGGAUUCGGCGAUCAAGGACGACACGGUGUACGUGUUGAACGAGUACGUGUCGAUCGGCAGGGAUCCCUCGGCCGCCGCCAGGAAUAUCGACAGAUCGUUCAAGGAAAACGGGACCGAGCUUAGCCUGGAUCAGAUGCUGGACAACAAGUUUCACGAAUACAUUUCUUCCAGGAACGUGAAGCUCACCAUUCCUGGGGACGCGUUUCAAGGUCGAAAGAAAAAGGACAAGGGAUACGGUGCACUGAUAAUGGGCGCAAUGGCUGUGGGAGCUAUGAUGGCGCAACUGGCCUACGGUAAGAUCGCCUUUAUCGCCGGAACCGCCUUGCUCACGGCCAAGAUAGCCCUGGUUUUGAGCGCAAUAAUCGGAUUGAAGAAGCUUGUGUCCAGCCACGGAGGAGGCGGCCACGAGGUUAUUUAUGCUACAGGCUCCGAACACCAUGGAAGUUACGGCGGUGGGGGAUACGGAGGUGGCUGGCAAAGAGCCAUGGAGGGCGUUCCUACAACUUGAACAAAAACCAAACUUUAAACUUAAUUCAUUUCCUGUACGAUAUUUCUCUUAAGCGUGUAAUAAUGCAAGUAAAAAAAAGAAAAAGGAUAGAGAUACUUUCCAUUUGUAUAUAAAUAAAGUUAGACGUCGAUGACCAGAUGCUUGAUUUGAGCGAUGUUGCAUAAUCGAAGGCAAGUUAUGAAACGGACGAUUGAAUAUAGUUUUUCCAUCGAGAAUUUAUUUAUUUGUAUAUUUUGUAGAAUAGUUGAAGAAUUACCAAAAAUUAUAUAUAUAUAUA